AUGCCCGUUCAGGGUGAGCAACCAAUACCUCCAUCGAUAGAAGCGUUAGGAUAUCGGUGGAUAAAGCGCAUAAGUGAAGGUGCAUUUUCAAAGGUGCAUCUUGCCGAAUAUUACAACCGAAGAAACAAUCGUCUCGAAACGCUAGCCUGUAAGCUGAUCGACACGAAAAAGUGCAGCGAAAAGUUUCGCAAAAGAUUCCUCCCAAGGGAAUUAACGAUCCUGCUCCAUGUGCGCCACCCGUACAUCAUCCGCAUACAGGCCAUUGUAAAGUGUCGCAGUAAAAUCUGUAUCUUUAUGCGUUACGCUGAAAUGGGCGAUCUGCUGUCGUUCGUUAUCGAGCACGGUCCGCUGGGAGAACCACAGACGCGAAUCUGGUGUCGCCAGCUUGCGUUGGCCGUCCAAUAUCUGCACGAAUCGGGCAUCGCCCAUCGCGACCUGAAGUGCGAAAACAUUCUACUGUCCGCGAACUUAAACGUAAAGCUGAGCGAUUUCGGUUUUGCCCGAUAUGUCGCCGAGAAAAAUCGUCAACCGCAGCUGAGCACGACGUUCUGCGGGUCAUUUGAUUAUUCGGCACCAGAAUUGUUGAAAGGAAAACCAUACAAUCCAAAAGCGUCGGACCUGUGGGCACUUGGAGUGGUGCUAUACAUGCUGCUCAACAAAUCCGUCCCGUUUAAGGGUAAAACGCGUCAGGUGUACGAGCAACAGAUGACACGAGCAUGGAAGUUUCGUUCGCGUGUGAGCGAUAAAUUAUCUCCGGAGGUUAAAACUCUUGUGAGGAGUUUACUCGAACCGAAUCCGUUGAUUCGAUGGACGAUUGAGGAGGUGCUGGUUUCUGAUUGGUUGAUACAGGAUCGUCGUCUGAGAUCAUUGAAUGCUGAGGAGUUUUCGGCCCUGGCAGAGGCAAGAAUUUUUGCCCGAUCGUCCAUAGAUAUGGAGCGUGUUAAGGAAAAGUUGCGCCAAAUGGAAAAUGCCGAACAGUCGGUCACGGUGAUCAAAGAAACUGGAUCAAAUUUGGGUUUCGUGAAGCAUUCCGUUUCGUUGGUGUCUAUGGCCACCUCGCUUUUAGAGAAGGAAUCGAUCUUUAAGCAAAGAGAUAGUAAAUGA